UUCAGCGAGAUUCUGUUUUUACGACGAGGCUUCACAUUGUGCUUUGAUGUGAUUUGAUUAUUAUUGUUAUUGUUGUUGUUGUUUUUUAUUCCAUAAAUAUAAUUGUGUCAGAUUCUUUCGAAGAUGACGAGUAAGAUGCAGCUCGUGCGCUCUCUGGUGAAGACUGUCGCUCUGGCCAGUGUGCCCAAACACAUCGAUCACUUCUCCAAGUUCUCUCCUUCUCCUCUGUCCAUGAAGCAGUUUCUGGACUUUGGUUCGACCAAUGCGUGUGAGCGCACAUCGUUUGUCUUCCUUCGUCAGGAGCUUCCUGUCCGUCUGUCCAACAUCAUGAAAGAGCUCAAUCUGCUGCCGGACCGGCUGCUGGCCACGCCCUCUGUCCAGCUUCUGCAGACCUGGUACAUCCAGAGCCUGAUGGAGAUCCUUGACUUUCUGGACAAGAACCCUGAUGACCACAGAGUCCUGGAGACGUUCGUGGAGGUCUUGGAGGCCAUCAGGAACCGACACAAUGAGGUAGUCAGCACCAUGGCUCAGGGAGUUAAUGAGUUCAAGGACUCUUACGGCCAGCAGGACCCCGUCACUGACCACAACCUCCAGUACUUUCUGGACCGCUUCUAUACCAGCCGGAUCUCCAUCCGCAUGCUCAUCAACCAGCACACUCUUGUUUUCAACGGCAACAUUAACCCCGCCCACCCCAACACCAUUGGCUGUAUCGACUCUCAGUGUGAAGUGACAGAGGUUGUACGAGAUGCAUAUCAGAGUGCUAAGUUGCUGUGUGAGCAGUAUUACCUGGCAGCACCUGAGCUGGAGCUGAGGCAGGUGAAUGCAAAUAGCGUCAGAGAGCCCAUCCAGAUUUCAUACGUCCCAUCUCACCUGUACCACAUGCUCUUUGAACUCUUCAAGAACGCCAUGAGAGCAACUGUAGAGAAUCAUGAGGCCAGCAGCACCCUCCCACCUAUCAACGUCAAGGUUGCACUUGGUGGAGAGGACCUGUCCAUCAAGAUGAGUGAUAAAGGAGGCGGCGUUCCCUUUAGGAAGACAGAGCGUUUGUUCAGUUACAUGUACUCCACAGCGCCGAGGCCCUCCAUAGAAGAUCAUCACAGAACUCCACUGGCGGGGUUCGGCUACGGUCUGCCCAUCUCUCGGCUCUACGCUCGUUACUUCCAGGGAGACCUGCAGCUCUACUCGAUGGAGGGUUACGGCUCCAACGCCGUCAUUCACCUAAAGGCCUUGUCUACAGACUCUGUGGAGAGGCUGCCAGUCUUUAACAAGAAGGCUCUUCGUCACUACAAGCUGAGUUUGGAGGCAGAUGAUUGGUGCAGUCCCUCCAAGGACCCGCUGGACAUGGCUGUCUACCGUGUGACCAAGUGAUCCAGUCGUGACCCGAUAUGAUGUUUGGAACAAACAUUCUACAUUUGAAGAGGGCGAGCAUUAAUUGUCCUUCACAGGCAGAUCACAGAGGGACCAGAGCUGUGGGACUGUGGGACUGUGUCACUGUGAGACCGGCCCGGGGAAAACUGCUCAGAGAUGAGAGAAGGCCCAGCGUCCACGUCCCAAUUGUCUUGGACUUUGUUGAUUUAUUGAUCAUUCGUCCUGUAUCUGCUCCCCCUGCUUUCUGUAAACAUGUGCUGCAGAUAAACAAAGAGACGCAGAGGGUCAAGAUAUUCAACAAUCAAAGACCAACUGGUUGCAUCGAGAAAGACGGGGGCAGAGAAGUGAUUAGCCAGUGAACGGGUGAAAAUGUUGUCUUUUCAGACCAAUAUUGGAAUUUUGAUUUAAAAACCAAUGUACUCACAAACGUGCUCAUUUGUUAUCAAGAGUUACACAGCUGUGGCCCUUUAAUCUAAUAUUAAAGGGCCUCCAACGCCUCCACAGCCUUUGAACGCUGGAUGUACACACUGACAUGUUUUACAGUGACGGUUCAAACACCAGUAUACUAAAAUAUGCAAUCUUAACCUUCUCAACUCAUUCUGCUCUCCAUGAUAAAUAGAUAAUCAUAAGAAGAUGACGAGGGAACAAAGUGUGUAGGAAUUGUUGUGCAGAAACAAAAUGGCGACAUAUUUCGAUGCAGAACUACUAAGAAUCGCCAUCAGACCGCUGCUUCUCUGCUAAGCUAAGCAUAUUUCAUAAGUUGGUGCGUUCCAUGAAAUCAUUUUUAGGUUGAAGGUUGGACAUUUCUGAACUUGUUUUCUGGAACAAGGUAAUUACAACUACAGCCGCUCUAUUCAGGCUUUUACCCUUUAAACGCCCAAGAGCUAGCUGAGCUAGCUGAUAGCUAGCAGGUCUAUUUCUAAAAAUUCUGCGUAACAAUGACCAUCCCGAUUUCACUGGACACCAAUUAUGUGUUGAGAAAGUUAAGAGUUUCAUCUAGUAGCCACUGCUGCUAAUUGUUGGCUACAUCAGAGUUUAAAGCCGUACCACAGAAACAUGGGUUUAAAACCAACUAUUUUAUUUAUAAGUCACCACUUCUAUUUAAUUAGCUUGAAUAGAACAUUUUAUUCUGUUUGAACUUGGUUUAUUUUAGCCUACAGUUAAAUCCAGACCAAAUAAUCCACACCUGUCUUUGAGGUGUGGAUUAACAGAGCUAACAAGUGCUUGUCAGCUCUUUUAGUUUCAGUAUUUCUUCAGAAACAACAAGUGCUCGUACACUCAGAGCAUUUCACUUGACCGUGUUGUAUUUGUGUGUCAGUGUCACUCAUUCACUCUGCAGACUUGUGUUGUUUUCAGUAUAGUUUGUCCUGAAUCAUUAGACUGAAAUCCUGCUGCUCAGUUACCUGUGGUACCCAGCGAUCAGGGUUUAUUUGGUUAGUGUGUGUGUGUGUGGUUCUGUCACUACGUUAUAUAAGCUUGUCUCCUCUGGGUUAGGGUUAGUCAUGGUGAGCAAUUCAUUUUCUGAACUUAGCAUUUGGAAAGUGUGUUGUUGAAAACCUGUGCCAAAGUCAAAUGUGUGAAAAUAUCUCCAUGUAUACUGUGAUUCACCUUGUGUUUACUAUUCACAAAUAUGUGUGUGUACUGCCUGUAUAUUAUUGUAAACUUGAAGUGAGCUGUUUAUAUUUGAGGAUUUAUAUUUUUUUUAUAAAAGGGUUUGAAAAUAAAUCACUUUAAAAUGUCA